AUGGCAAGGCCCAUGCAGAAGGAAAGGGGGAUGCUCACCAAAACAAGCUGCUCUAGCCGUACCACCAGCAGCCCAGCUCUACCGACCCUUCCCACGCUAACUACUCAAGCCACCCCUCACAAUUUACUCAACAUGCAGGGCCCCAACAAUUUGAUCAAGCACCCGGCUGUUUCCUGCCAAAGACCCAACUCCAAAUUCGCAACGACAGCUCACAAGGUCUGGCAAGGAGGUGCAAGGAGGCUUCAAAACUUACCCCAGGCCAACCCUGCGGUUCAGCAGUAA